CAGGCCACAGCCCAGCAGGCACCAGGCUCAAGGCCUGUCAGGCGACAGUCUGGAUCUAAAAUUUCUUCUUCCAGAAAAUGCUGUAAAAUGUCACCCUCCAUCCCUGUGUGAGGUUUACGAUUCAUUUAGGUUUCUACAUAGUGUAGCAAAGAUAGGAAAUGUUGACUUAGAGAGUGAUGAGCUGAACACUGACCAUUUACUUUUUUUGGAGAAAUCGCAUGAAUCAAAGGAGCAUCAAAGAGGAGAGGGACCAGAUUUUCCACGGUUGGCUAGAAGAGAGUGCUCUACACCUAGUGCAGUGAGACUGUUUUUCCAUAACCAGUCUUCCAAAAUGUCAACUUCGUUCUUUUUCUUCAAAUACCUCCUCAUUGCCACAAACGUCCUCUCUUUAUCUUCUUUGCAAGAUUCCUGGACGACGAAAUCUCCUACAGAAGUCGUGGAGUCCAACCUCACUACCAACGCUGCUACAUCGCUGGAUUCAUUGCUACUUUCCCCGACAGUAGUGGUGAUGGUAACAAAAUCUUCUGAUGUUUCAAAUAGGACGGAAUCCCUGCUCGUCCCAACUAUGACGUCAUUAACGAAAGAGACUCAUUCCCACGUAAUCACUCCGGCAGAGGGAGAGGGUUCAGUCAGUCCUGCAACAACUAGAGAAGCUCUUCUGAUCAGUGCUACAGAGAAGGAGGCUUCCCUUGGUCCAACAACAAAUGGAGGUCUUACAAUAAGUGCUACAGAAAGAGUGGCGUCACUCAGUCCAUCAACAGGAGAUGAAUCUCUUUUGAUCAGUGCUACAGGAAGAGAGACUUUCCAUAGUCAGGCAACAAAUGGAGAACCUCUUUUUGUCAGUGACACACCCACACUGACAGAAACCCUUUCACAUAAUGCAGAGUCGGUAGGAAAAGGAAAUCGUAGUGACAAUGACUUUCCAUCGUAUGAUGAAACAGAGACCGUUACAAAGAAACCUUUAGCCAUUGCCUCCUCCCCCACAAUUUCAACGACAAUGCUACCUUCCUGGAUAUCACAGACAGAGGAGAACCCAUUUCAGGUCACUUCUCACUUGCCAAAGCCGCAUCAACUAGAAGAGAAAAUACUUGCAUCAACUGCCCCCCACACAGAAGUGACAGUGUCAAAUGUCAUAGCUAACAAGUGCUGUGAGAACAGCGAAUUCUUGGAUGGCACUGACUGUGUUGCCAAAACAAAUCCAUCUAGCUUCGACCCUCCUACAUGUGACAAACAGGAUGCAGAAUCUGUUCCCUACAAGUUCAUUUGGGAAAAAAAAUUACCGAACUGCUCAAUAGAUUUUAAAUACAAAGUUAUCACGUAUCCUGGAGAAUGGGGUUCUUUGGAAGCAAACGGGCUUCAGAGCUACUUGAACUGGGAUUCUUUGACCAAACAGACCACUCAGUACUGUAUCGGUCAGCGGCACGAUGGCAAUUACUCGGCUAUCAUAUGCACGGCAGAUGAGGAGAAAAUGUGCAAGGGACGCACCUGUAUAAGGAAGUGCUGCGCCGAAGGGGAGGUGAAAACGAGUGGCAAUUGCAAACGGGAAAACUGGAGUUUAAACCUAACCUUCCAUACUACUGAAGGGGCUGCUUCCAAGGCGCCCCUAGACCUUAAGGUGGCGCCGUUAUUCGACCUCGACUGUCCGACCGACCCCACGGCGGAAUUUGGCGACAGUUUCCAUCUCCUUCAGAACGGCAAACUUUUCAUCAUACAGUCAGAAAAGACCAUUGACAACAUGAAAUUCUGCACGGAUUAUGACACGAUAAAAGAGACCAACUUCGUCCGGUACUGCUUAGAGGGGCGUUCUUCCAUUCAGGAGUGGAAGCUCCUCCUCGCUCCCAUCGGGAUGAUCAUCUCCAUCCUUUGUCUGGCCGUCCUGAUUCUCCUCCACUUCUCCACGAAGAAGCUCAUGAGCGUCCAAGGUUACUGCUUCCUCUCCUACUCGAUCUCGCUUCUGCUGGAGUACGUCGGGCUCAUCGUGAGUUACAAGUACUCGAAGCAAUUGCAUAAAACACAUUGCAUUUUCAAUGGACUAUUCACCCAGUUUGCAAUACAUUCUGCAUUUUUCUGGCUCAGCGUCAUGUGCUUUGACAUCUGGAGAGUGGUCAGAUCCACAGUGAAGCUUAUCCCUCUCAGGGGGAUCCUAGAGAAGGACAUACAGAUAUUCCUCGUGUAUACAGCCUGCGCCUUCGGGGGUCCCUUGGUCAUCGCCCUGGUGACUCUCAUCAUGCAAUCUCUCCCGCCGGAGGCCUCCGACAGGAUGAUCACCCCAGGUUUUGGAAAGGAGUCCUGUUGGUACGAAGACCAGCUGGCGCAGUUCCUCUACCUCUACCUGGCCAUAGCGACGUUGAACAUCCUGAGUCUCUGCAUGUUGGGUCACGUGAUCUACCUACUGUGCCUUGCAGAGCCAGGAAUGGAGUGCUGCCAUCAGAAACGCAAGGCUCCACGAGCCUUCAACAGGAAGCAUCUCUCGAUAUUUCGUCAGAGACUGAGUCUCUUCGUCGUAAUGACCUUCUGCUGGUUCACGGAGGUGCUUUCCCUGAAGAUCCCUCCUAUGGAUGCCUGGGUCGUCACCGACCUCCUCAAUACACUUCAGGGAGUCAUCGUGUUCCUCAUCUUCUUACUGAGCAAGCAGAAGAGGCAGCUGGUGAAAGAGAGAUUGCAAGAGAUAUUUAAGAUGAAACUGCAGAGAACCGACAGCAACGAGACGGAGGAAUCAGCAAUGUCAAAUUCCCAGGAACCACCGAGUGAAAUGGCGAGUAUGCCCUCAGGGACACAAGUGUCCUUCGGUGGGAACACGAAUAGCAUUCCCAUUCUGGAAUGCCCUACUCAGUUGAAUGGCACAGACGAGGGAUGCUAUGGUGGCAUAGUCAACGAAGGGCUCAGUCUUGAGGAGGAAGAAGGGAAAGGUGUCAAUGGGGCUGAUGAGACAAAGGAAAUUGAUAGCCACGUGUAGAGCUCCGGUCAUUGCAGACAGUGCUUCUAAAUGACUAUGUUUUGUCUUUGUAUAGGUAAAGAUAACUGAGCUUAUGGGCGCCUCAGUGGCGUGAUCGGUAUGGUCUUGGCCUGCCACCGUGGUGGCCGCGAGUUUGAUUCUCGGCCAUUCCACUGAGGGGUUAGAGAUGUGUAUUUCUAGUGAUAGAAGUUCACUCUCGACGUGGUUCGGAAGUCACUUAAAACCGUUGGUCCCGCUGCUGAAUAACCAUUGGUUCUGUGCAACGUUAAAACACCAUACAAAAAAAAGAGAAAAAAAAACACAAACUGGGCUUAUGACAAGAUCCUUGCCAUGCUUUGGGAUGAUAGUUUAAGGUAUAUUUGGUGUUUGAACUAUCAAAAGAGGCAGUUAUAAGAGUUUUUAGAGGGGGUUGACUAUAUAUAUAUAUAUAUAUAUAUAUAUAU